CUGUGCAGCCGGGCGCUGCGCGCAGGGCUGCGGAGCGCGGCGGCCUCACGCCCAUGUGCGUCGUCUGCUUCGUGAAGGCGCUGCUGCACGUGUUCAAGGUCUACCUGACUGCCAACUACACCUACAACUUCCGCGGCUGGCCGGUGGACUUCCGCUGGGAUGACGCGGCGGCCGCGGUGUACCCCGGCUCCAUGUUCCUGAUGACCCGAGCGCUGCUGCCGCUGCUGCAGCAGGGCCAGGAGCGCCUCGUGGAGCGCUACCACGGCCGGCGGGCCAAGCUGGUGGCCCGUGAUGGCAACGAGAUCGACACCAUGUUCAUGGAUCGCCGCCAGCACCCGGGCAGCCAGGGCCGCGGCCUGCGCCUGGUCAUCUGCUGCGAAGGCAACGCCGGCUUCUAUGAGAUGGGCUGCCUGUCGGCACCGCUGGAAGCCGGCUACUCGGUGCUGGGCUGGAACCACCCGGGCUUUGGGGGCAGCACCGGCGAACCGUUCCCUCAGCACGAUGCCAACGCCAUGGAUGUGGUGGUCAAGUACGCUCUGCACCGCCUGCACUUCCCGCCGGCGCACGUGGUGAUCUAUGGCUGGUCCAUUGGCGGCUUCACAGCCACCUGGGCCACCAUGACCUACCCGGAGCUGGGUGCGCUGGUGCUCGAUGCCACCUUCGACGACCUCGUGCCUCUGGCCCUGAAGGUCAUGCCCCAGAGUUGGAAGGGCCUGGUGGUGCGCACCGUGCGCGAACACUUCAACCUCAAUGUCGCGGAACAGCUGUGCAGCUACCCCGGGCCGGUGCUGCUGCUCCGGCGCACGCUGGACGACGUGGUCAGCACCUCGGGCCACCUGCGCCCCCUGCCGUCCGGCGACGUGGAGGGCAACCGCGGUAACGAGCUGCUCCUGCGCCUGUUGCAGCACCGCUACCCGGCUGUGAUGGCACGGGAGGGCCUUGCCAUCGUGACCCGCUGGCUGCGCGCGGGCAGCCUGGCACAGGAGGCAGCUUUCUAUGCUCGCUACCGCGUGGACGACGACUGGUGCCUGGCGCUGCUGCGCUGCUACUGCUCGCGCUGCGAGGACACGCAGGAGGACGGGGAGGCCUGGGGGCCCCAUGGGCUUGCCUUCCCGUGGCAGGUGGGUCAGGGCCUGAGCCCUCGGCGGCGCCGGCAGCUCGCGCUCUUCCUGGCGCGCAAACACCUCAAGAACGUGGAGGCGACUCAUUGCAGUCCGCUAGAACCCGAGGACUUCCAGUUGCCCUGGAGGCUGUAGCCAGAGGCUCCGCAGCAACCGGUCUUUGUGCUUUUGCUCACCUCAAGGGCCUCAGGGCCGCUCCCCUCCCCGCACCCCAUCCAGUAAAGCUGGCCUGCCCUGGGGAUCCCAGCCUAGUGUCUGCGAGAGGGUAGGGCGUUCCCCACUCCCUUUCUCUUCCUCCCUCAAACACUUGUGGAUGUCCCAGUCUGCUCCCAGCUCCUAAAGGGAAUGCAAAGAUUAACUUGUGUGAUGGGUGCUUUGAACACCUCAGAAAGAUGGUGGGAACAUGGGCUGUGGGGCCCAAGGAGGUGCUGUUUACCCAGCCUGGGUGACAGGAUGGCUCUGGGAAAGAUGAGUGUUGAAGAGUCUGUACAGUCACCCUUACCUGUGAAAGGAUAUUGGCGUCUAUAAAGCAGGUCUUAGCAGCGGGACCUUCCUGGACCGUGAUGCUGCUGCUUGUAGGGUCCUCUCCCCACCUUCACUCCUGGCUGCUGCUACAAGAGGGGUUCAGUGGGACCACAGGCUCAAAGUCACAGGUACACACCACAUGGCAUGUCCCUGUAGGGCUACAGGCUCACCUGCACCAACCGCUCACCCCUGAGCCAGGCCUGGGCUGGGACUUGUUCCUAGCUCAGGGAUGCAAUACAGAAUGAGAGAGAAGCCCUCUGCUCACCAUUUUCUGUGAUGCAGUCACUUUCUUACUGUCCGCUCUAAACUGUGUGAAGCAGGGACUACUGGCUGUCCCCAGCCUCUGGGCACAGGCUGGCCAGGGUGGGUAGAGCAAGAAACUCUGGAAAAAGUGAAAGUCAAGUGGGGCAAACAUAUAACUGAUGGCACCAGAGAAGGACACGGCCAUGAUGCGCCCGGGAAAGUACAGGCAGAAGUAGGUACAUAGGUGAUCUAAGGUGCCAGGAAGACCCCUUGGGCCUGAGCUUUGAGCUGAGUCCGGAAGAGUUGGGUGGAGGAAGCG